AUGUGCAAACUUCACGGAGGAACCGAGGCCGAUGCCGCCGGAAUGGACAUCACGAAAGGCAGAGAGAUCUUGCCUGCCAACGUCGUUCCAACGCACUAUGACCUCACUGUUGAGCCGGACUUCAAGAAGUUUACCUAUGAAGGCACGGUCAUUGUCGACUUGGAUGUUGCCGAGGACUCUACUUCUAUUUCACUGAAUACUUUGGAACUUGAUAUUCAUAGCACGAAGAUUAUCUCCGGGUCACAAACUAUCAGCUCAUCCCCUAGUCUCUCUUAUGAUGAGUCCAGCCAAACCACGAAAAUCACAUUCGAGAACAGCCUUAAAAAGGGAUCCAAAGCACAGCUUGAGAUGAAGUUCACCGGCCAGCUCAAUGACAAGAUGGCUGGGUUUUACCGCUCAACCUACAAGAAUACCGACGGCAGCCAAGGAGUGCUAGCUACCACCCAGAUGGAACCUACCGAUGCUCGCCGAGCCUUCCCCUGCUUUGAUGAGCCCUCUCUAAAAGCCGAAUUCACAAUCAGCUUGAUUGCGGAUAAGAAACUUACAUGUCUAAGCAACAUGGACGUGGCCUCGGAGGCGGAUGUUCAGUCAGAGAUGAGUGGAACCACGAAGAAGAUUGUCAAAUUCAACAGGUCCCCACGCAUGUCCACCUAUCUGGUCGCAUUCAUUGUCGGUGAACUCAACUAUAUCGAAACGGAUAAAUUCAGGCUUCCUGUCAGAGUCUAUGCGCCUCCUAAUCAAGACAUUGAGCAUGGCCGCUUCUCCCUGGAACUUGCUGCCCGGACUCUCGAGUUUUAUGAGAAGACGUUCGAUAGCCCAUUCCCGCUUCCCAAAAUGGACAUGGUAGCAAUCCCUGAUUUUGCUGCCGGGGCCAUGGAGAAUUGGGGUCUUAUUACUUACCGCGUAGUUGAUGUCUUGUUCGACGAGAAGACCAGCGGCGCUUCGACCAAAGAAAGAGUGGCCGAGGUGGUUCAACACGAGCUUGCUCAUCAAUGGUUUGGCAACUUGGUAACUAUGGACUUCUGGGAUGGUCUCUGGCUCAACGAAGGAUUCGCAACCUGGAUGUCCUGGUAUUCAUGCAACAUUUUCUACCCCGAGUGGAAAGUGUGGCAAAGCUAUGUCACCGAUACCCUUCAAGGCGCGCUGUCCCUAGAUUCCCUACGCAGCAGUCAUCCCAUCGAGGUCCCAGUAAAGAAAGCGGAGGAAGUGAAUCAAAUCUUUGAUGCGAUAUCUUACUCAAAGGGCUCCUGCGUUCUUCGAAUGAUCUCGAAGUACCUUGGUGAGGAUGCCUUUAUGGAGGGUAUCCGUCAAUAUUUGAAGAAGCAUGCAUACGGAAACACCCAAACGGGAGACCUCUGGGCUGCGCUUAGCCAAGCAAGUGGAAAGAAUGUGGUGGAGACCAUGGACAUCUGGACCAAGCACGUUGGAUAUCCCGUUGUUUCUGUUACGGAGAAUGAGAAGGACAACACUAUUCACGUCAAGCAGAAUCGACUCCUUCGCACUGCGGAUGUGAAGCCAGAAGAGGAUCAAGUACUCUACCCAGUCUUUUUGGGCCUCCGCACCAAGGACGGUGUCAAUGAGGAGCUUGUUCUCUCAAAGCGAGAGGAUAACUUCAAGAUUCCAAGUCUAGACUUCUUCAAGCUCAACGCCGAUCACAGUGGUAUAUACCGUACCUCGUACACACCAAAGCGUCUUGAGAAGCUUGGCCAAGCAGCGAGGGACGGAUUAUUAAGUGUCGAGGACCGUACCGGCAUGAUCGCCGAUGCGGGGGCCCUUGCGGCCUGUGGAUACCAAAAGACUUCUGGAGUUCUCAACCUACUGAAGGGGUUUGACAGCGAGACAGAAUUCGUGGUAUGGAAUGAGAUCAUCUCCAGACUUGGUGCGAUUCAAGGUGCUUGGAUUUUUGAGGAUCAAAAGAUCAGAGAUGGCCUGGAAACAUUCCAACGGGAUCUUGUGAGCGAGAAAGCGCACAAAGCCGGCUGGGUUUUCAAGGACGGUGAUGACCACAUCCAACAACAAUUCAAAGGCAUGCUUUUCGGCAGUGCAGGCAUGGCUGGUGAUGCGACCGUCAGGAAGGCCGCCAAGGAUAUGUUUGCGAAGUUUGCAGCGGGGGAUAAAUCAGCAAUCCAUCCCAACAUCAGAGGGAGCGUUUUCGGAAUGGCAUUGAAGUAUGGUGGCAAGGAAGAGUACGAGGUUAUCCUUGAUACGUAUCGGAAAUCCGUUAAUGUUGAUGAGCGCAACACUGCACUUCGUACUCUUGGCCGAUCCAAGGAUCCCGAACUUAUCAAACGCACACUUGAGCUUCCGUUCAGCGGAGAAGUCAAGGAGCAGGACGUCUACCUCCCACUCAGCGCUCUCAGAACCCAUCCAGAAGGCAUUGGAGCCUUGUAUGAGUGGAUGACUCAAAACUUUGACGAAUUGGCGAGAAGAUUCCCCGCUGGUUUGUCUAUGCUCGGAACACUAGUGUCAAUCUGCACAUCAAGCUUUACCAAGAAGGCGGAUCUCGAGCGGGUCGAAAAGUUCUUCGAUGGUAAAAGCCUGAAGGGCUUUAACCAAAGCCUCGCCCAAUCGUGCGAUGCCAUUAAAGCAAAGGAGGCAUGGCUUUCCCGCGAUAGACAAGAUAUUAAGGAAUGGGUUGAAGCAUAUCAGGCAAAGAGCAUCAAGAGUGAGCUAUAG